AUGACUUUAGAGAUGAUUACCGAGGUGGACGACGGCGACAUGGACGAGGAGAUGCAAGGCUCCCUGCAGACCGUCGCUGCAAUUCACCAGCGUAAGCUGCUCCACUACAAGCGACUCCUCGAACGCGCACAGGCGUCGACUGCCGCGCAGCUGCACGCAUUGCAGGCGGAAGUGGUACUGCUCCGGGAGCAGCAGCGCACUAACCCGUCAAACACAACGACAGCUGUCGACCCGGAUGCAGACGAGUUUUGCACAUGCGGUGGUAAACGCAAGCGCGGGUACUGGAGCGGGUACCGUAACGACGAUGAAGAGGGGCCGGGAGGCGACCUCGCCGCGGCAUUGAGGGGCGAUGGGGGUGGCGGCUUCAACGAGAUGGAGGUACGCCGGGUAAUCAGGGGACUCAAGAGGGACGACCGUAUGCGAUUGAUCUCCAUAAUCUUGGACUCGUGCAUGCCAGGAGACAUCCGGCUGCAGAUCUUGCUUCUCGAGAAGUAUGCACGUUCGACGUUUGACAUCGUCGGGCAACUCGCCGCCCCGCUGGUCUUCCGCAUCUUCAAGCAUCUCACAGUGCAGGAGCUGCUCACCGUGGAACCGGUCUCGAAGAAGUGGCAGGAAAUGGUCCACCUCCCGAUGCUAUGGCGCUAUCACUGCUUGCGGAUUACUGCGACGGAUCCUACGCCUGUACGAGCGCCUCAUAUACCUGGGGAGUGGGAACCCCUGUAUAAGUCGCUCCACCACCGCGAGUCGAACUUCCGCAACGCGCUACCACAGAGUGUACGCUUCCUGAACGGACACACGAACUACUGCACCACCUUACUGCUCCGUGGGAAGCGGCUCAUCAGUGGCUCGUAUGAUGAGACAAUCCGCUUCUGGGACGUCGAGACAGGCGAGAUGAAGAAGUGUUUGCAGGUUAAGAAGCCAGUCAGCUGUGUUGACUUCCUCGCGGAAGAAGAAGAGGUCUUUGUUGUCGGAUUCCACGAUGUUGGACGCGUGCACCUUUUCUCCUCUCUCACCUUUACGCCGCUGCAACAGCUCGCAGGGCACCUGAACGGAAUCCGUGCGGUCGCUCUGUCGUCCCGGCACCUUGUGUCUGCCGGUGCAGACAAGGCGCUCGUCUGCUGGGACUGGCGCUCGGGCACGAAGAUCGUGCGCUUCGGGCAGCAGACGACGGUGAACAUAGGUGUGCAGAUCAUCGGUGGAAGCGGAGAGCGGGGCGGAGAGGGCGAGCGCGUCGUGAGCGUCACUAUUGAUGGCAUUGUGAGGGUAUUCUCGAUCAAGCGCCGCGAGAUGGUCUCGCAGUUCAAGCUUGCGGAGCUGGGCGGCAGCGAUCCUGUGCUGAAUGCGAAGCUGUUCCACGUCGGCAAGGCCCCAGACAACAUGCUCCAAUGGUUUGCCGCCAAGGGUACACAGAUGACUUGCGCUACUAAAUCUGUCAUCUUGCACUUGCAGUGGACAGAGGCGGAUGAGAACACUGAUACCACAGCAAAGGAUGCAAACCGUCCUCAGUCCCCGCUCACACCGGGCUCGGGAAGUCCCCCUACGGCGCGCUCGGGCGUGUCUCCUGUCCUCAUGCGCUCUACGUCUUCCCUCUCGACACCCCAGCGUCGCAUCACGCUCAAUAUUCCAUCAGGAUCGAGAGCCCCGCUCUCACCUUCGAUCAAUGGGCUCAAGAGUCGACUCUCGCUGAGCACGACACUCCCGAACAGUCCUAUGACGCCUGUCAGUCCAUCGCCACGGACGGGGACCCCUGUCUCGUCCGUACCGUCGGCAUCGUUGGCCGCGCAGCCGAUCUUGUUUGGGCGAGCGGCCGUUCUGACGGCGCCGCCAAAACUUGUAGCGGUCGUGGAGACGCCCGACAUUGCGGUCGGUGCCGUUGACCCCAGGAAAAGGAGGGUGGUCACUGCAACCCGUUUCAGCACGAGAGCGGGUGCCAAUCGGGCGAUAUAUCUGUCGACUCAUCGUGACAAGACGCAAGCCGCGAAAGACUCGGAUGAUAGCGAUGAGGAGCAGGCAGAGCUUCCACGUACACCGUCCCCUGGCGUCGAUUUCGACAAAGGUAUCGUGCCGCUCACGGGUGCGUGGGCUGCGCUCGCAGAGGGCGAUAGCGUGUCUUGCACUGGCGUCAAAGGGCUCUUGGGCCAAAUACCCGCGAAGUUCCAAGGGUUGGCGACUCCUGAGAAGAAUCCCAUGUCUAUGCAGUUGAGCCAUGAAGAGGUUGUGGUCGGUUGUGCGGAUGGCACUAUCUAUGUGAUGAACUUCGUUGGGUACGAUUACCGCAAAGAGCGGGAGUCGUAUGUCGACCAGUUUAACGCGCUCGCACAGGGCGAUGAGGAUAUCUUGGAGGAUUGA